AUGGAGCGCACUAAAUGGCUGGACGGCCUGCGCGGCAUCGCCGCCGCGAUCGUGGCAUUCGACCACUAUUUCAUGGGAGAAGUCUGGCACCCAUUCCUCUCCUUCUGGGGGGGCCCGGAGCAGGAUAAUCAUCGCUUCGUGCAACUGCCACCCAUUCGCAUCCUCUUUUCCGCCCAUGCCAUGGUGACGCUAUUCAUGGUGAUCUCGGGUUAUGCGAUCUCCAUUAAUAUCCUCAAAGCCCGACCCAGUCAGCAAUACUACACACGGAUUUCCUCCGCCGUGCUGCGGAGACCCUUUCGAAUUUAUCUACCUGUGCUGGUCAUGGCGACGAUCAGUCAGUUGCUAUUUUUCUUCAAUCUCUAUAACUGGACCUUCGACGAGGGGCUCUUAAAGGGCCUCGAACCCUGGACGGCACCCUGGGCCCACAUCAAAUGGCUCUUCCUCUACAUGACCGACAGUCUGAACAUCAUCGCCUUCGAGUACAACGGCGGUUUCAACGGCCAGCUGUGGACCAUGCCCGUUGAAUUCCGGGGGUCCAACGUCAUCUUCCUGCUGCUAAUGGCGCUAUCCGCCUGGCGCCCAAAGCUCCGACUCUGGUUCCUGCCCGCGCUAGCACUAUACUUCCUCUGGUACGGCAUCUGGGACAUCUUCGGCUUCAUCUGGGGCCUCUGGCUCGCUGAACGCGCAGCAGCCACCACCACCACCACCGGGAACAGUCCAACCCAACCCACGGACGACGAGGAAGAAAAGCUGCCCCUAUUCCCAUUCUCCCCCUCCAACUGGAAAGAGCGCCUACUCAACCGCAAGAACUUCACCCUCUCCCGGAUAACAACCAUCCUCUCCUUCCUGCUCGGCUACCACCUCCUCUGCCUGGGCGACGACGGCCACCUCACCCCAGGCUACGAAUUCCUGUCCGUCUUCCAACCCGCCAAAUGGAAAGACAACUGGCAGAUCAUCCACUGGUGCUGGAAAUCCGUCGGCGCCGCCCUGACCGUCUACGCGAUCGGCGAAUCCCCGCUCCUGCAGCGCCCGUUCAACACCCGACCCGUGCAGUAUCUCGGCAAGAUCUCCUUCUCGCUGUACCUGGUGCACCAGGCCGUGUACCAUCUGUUGCGCGAUCCGCUGCGGAACUGGCUCUGGUUGCUGGCGAAUGGGAGCCCCUACCCGGGCAGUGUGGAGGCGACCGCGAACGAUCCCAUGUCGUUUCAUGUGGCGUGGUGGGCUUCGGGGAUUAUCCUGGGCACAGUCGUGCUGUAUGCGGCGCAUUAUUAUACGAUCUACGUGGAUAAUAAGUGUGUGGCGUUGACGAAGAGGGUGGAGAGGUGGCUGACUUCUUGA